ACUACGCCGCCUACGCCUUUGACGAAUCGCGCAGGAGCCUGGGCGCCUCCCACCCUCCGUGCAGAACUGAGCCGCUAGAGUGGAGACGCACACAGCGGAGUUCAAUCCAUCUCUGCCCGCAGCUAGCUAACCCCGCAGCAAGGCCACUGCGGGAAGAUGGCGACGGAAAAACCGAAACAUGAAGGAAGAGUUAAAAUUGGACAUUACAUUCUCGGAGACACACUCGGAGUGGGGACAUUUGGAAAGGUUAAAGUGGGCCAACAUGAGCUGACCAAGCACCAAGUAGCGGUGAAGAUCUUGAACAGGCAGAAGAUCCGCAGUUUGGACGUGGUGGGAAAGAUCCGCAGGGAGAUCCAGAACCUCAAGCUUUUCAGGCAUCCUCACAUAAUUAAACUGUAUCAGGUUAUUAGCACCCCUACAGAUAUCUUCAUGGUGAUGGAGUAUGUCUCAGGAGGCGAGCUCUUCGAUUACAUCUGCAAAAAUGGAAAGUUGGAUGAAAAGGAGAGUCGUCGGCUGUUCCAGCAGAUUAUUUCAGCAGUAGACUACUGCCACAGACAUAUGGUGGUGCACCGAGACCUCAAGCCUGAAAAUGUGCUGCUUGAUGCACACAUGAAUGCCAAGAUUGCAGACUUUGGUUUAUCAAACAUGAUGUCAGACGGAGAGUUCCUGCGAACAAGCUGUGGUUCUCCAAACUAUGCUGCUCCUGAGGUCAUCUCAGGAAGGUUAUAUGCUGGUCCAGAGGUAGAUAUCUGGAGCAGUGGGGUCAUUCUCUAUGCCUUGUUGUGUGGGACACUUCCCUUUGAUGACGAUCACGUGCCAACACUCUUUAAGAAGAUCUGCGAUGGGAUCUUUUUCACCCCACAGUAUCUGAACCCUUCAGUAAUAAGCCUCCUUAAACACAUGCUGCAGGUGGACCCCAUGAAACGAGCCACCAUCAAAGAGAUCCGAGAGGAUGAGUGGUUCAAACAGGACCUACCCAAGUACUUAUUCCCUGAGGACCCCUCCUACAGCAACAACAUGAUUGACGAUGAGGCCCUGAAGGAGGUAUGUGAGAAGUUUGAGUGCACAGAGGAGGAGGUCUUGGCCUGUAUAUAUAGUCGCAACCAUCAGGAUCCAUUGGCCGUUGCCUACCAUCUCAUCAUUGACAAUCGUCGCAUCAUGAAUGAAGCCAAGGAUUUCUACCUGGCGUCCAGCCCUCCCGACUCUUUUCUAGACGACCAGCACCUGACCUCGUCUGGUGCAGCUGUGACCGGCGUUAUCAAGCCCCACCCUGAGCGUGUACCCUUCCUCGUGGCAGAGACUCUUCCCAGGCCUCGCCAUACACUGGAUGAAUUGAACCCCCAGAAGUCCAAGCACCAGGGUGUUAGAAGGGCCAAGUGGCACCUGGGUAUCCGCAGUCAGAGUAGACCCAAUGAUAUCAUGUCAGAAGUCUGCCGUGCCAUGAAACAGCUGGAUUAUGAGUGGAAGGUUGUGAAUCCUUAUUAUCUACGUGUGAGAAGGAAGAAUCCGAUUACUGGGAUGCAAACCAAGAUGAGCCUUCAACUCUACCAGGUGGACAGUAGAACCUACCUCUUAGACUUCCGUAGCAUAGACGAUGAUAUGUUGGAGACAAAAUCUGGAACUGCUACCCCUCUCCGCUCUGGGUCUGUGGGCAACUACCGCACCACUAUUAAGAACGAUGUAGAUGGGGCAGACGCUCCAGCUAUAUCUAGCCUUGUGCACUCCACCAAGGCCGCAGAAGGCUCCUUAGCUUCAUCGUUGACCUCAUCCAUCGACUCAACGGGAGGGGGGGACAACGCGACUGUCCCUCGACCAGGAAGCCACACCAUUGAGUUCUUUGAGAUGUGUGCAAAUCUUAUUAAACUACUUGCACGAUAGCUUGCAAAACAAUCGCUAGCCUUUUUUCCUCUCCGAGUGUCUUUAUAGCAAUAAGCAUGCAACCGAUUCAUGGCUCAAUUCAUCCUGGCUGAGGAUGAAGUGAUUGUUCCAUGGCACUGAUGCAGGUUAGUGUUCCCUAAGCAGAAGAGAUGUAUACUGGGCUGGCAGGGAAUGGAAGGGAUUACUGUGAAAGAUGAAUGACAAGCUACUUGAUAGCUAGGACAGAACAACAUUUAGGAGGGGGUUUUACAAAUUUUUUGAUCAAUUUAAUAGCAAAUGUCCACACCUAUACAUAUAUGCGCAAGUGAUUACACUGAAUUUUCUGUACUGUAGCCAGUGAGCACUGCUUUCCAGUACAGAGAACAAGAUCAAGUUUUUGCCUGCAGAGAAGGAAGCCACACGUUGCUGGUUGGGUAUUUGGGUGGCAGUCGUAUAGGAUGCAGGAAGCACUUUUGCACAAGUAUCUUUUAUUUCCUGCUGCUCUUGUAUUUCUCUCAGUGGGGAUCAGAGAAGUGGUGCAGAUGUAUCGGGGUGCUGCACUGGCUAUAACUUGGGUUGUCAUGCCCAUCACAUUCAUUGGACUCUGAAGAAGUGCAAUGACCCUUGUAUUUCUGUCUUGUGUCAGGGACAAAAGAAUGCGUCAUCAGAUUUAUGUUUGGUUUUAUUUUUUGAGAAUCUGAGUUGUCAGAGACUAAAUUGUCAUGGUUUUGUCCUUGUUGUAAAAAUUUGUUUGAAUUUGUCUGUCCCCUACAUUUUUAUAUAUAAAGACGUGAAUAUAUUUAUCAGUGCGUUAAGUGGAUACAGUGUUGGUUCUGUUGGACUUGGAAUUGUUUUUUCUUUAUUGCAUUAAGAUCUAUUGCUGGAUGGUAUAUAGUUUCCUUUUUUACUGUCUGGUUUUUAAAUCAAUAUCACAAUUUUGUUUCCUUCAAUCACGAUUAUUCUGAUACUUGAUUAUCUUUCCAGAUAAAUAUAGCCUGCUUUUACCAUUUAAGAGGUAUUUUGCCAUGACAGUCAAAAUCUAAAAAUAUAUCAUUUUCAGUGUCACAUAUUAAAAUGACAAGUUGAUUUUGACUUUUUUGUUGUAUUUUCUCUUUCUUGUUUUUUAGAUUAAGAAUUAGGAUUUGAGUAUGAUUACUGAGUGAAAUGCCUUUUGCCUACAUUCAAUUUGUAAAUGCCAAUUCAUCACAAGUGUAUAGGCCUCAGGGCUCAAUUUGAAAAUGAGUAGUAGCAAUUACAUGCAGUGCGUGCACAAUGUCUGUUGGCAGGUGAAUACAUCCAAAAUAUUGCCAUUUUUGGAUAUGUUUUAAGUUUUGAUUGCCCACACAUUCCCUUGAAGGUUGAACUUGAAAAAAGGUUUACAUAUGUUUAAACCUGAAACAAACUUGUGAGCUUGGAAAGUCCUGCUGAAUAGAUCACAAUUCUGGAAAAAAAACAUCAUACACACAUUAAAAUCAUUAAUGUGUGGAUGAUUUAUAUUUGAUAAAAAAUGUCAGACAGAACCUGAUACUUGCAAGCUCACAACGUCUUAGAUAGGUCUUUAAUCACAAGUAUGAUGCGUCUCCCUCCAUUUCCUGUCUUAAAGUUUUAAGUGGUGUCUGUUGUUUGGCUGCCUUAUCAUUAUCAGUACUGUUAAUCAGUUUAUAUGUCAGUAAAAGUUUGAAUUCAGUGCUGGUCAGACUUACUGGCACCUUUUGCAAUUUUAAAGUGACAGUACACGCCAAAAUCAAAAAUACAUAUUUUUCCACUUACCUGUAGUGCUAUUUAUCCAUCUAGAUUGUUUUGGUGGGAGUUGUCGAGUUUUGGAGAUAUCAGCCGUAGAGAUGUCUGCUUUUUUUGGAAUAUAAUGGAACUAGAUGGCACUCGGAGUUUGAAAAAUAUGUGUUUUUGAUUUUGGGGUGAACUGUCUCUUUAAGGGUUAAAGUCCACAAAUUGUUUUGUCAGUGUUGUUAAUUCACAAUUACUGUUUGUUUAAAAUUAAUUUGGAAUUACAAAAAAGGUUGCAAAACUUAAAAUAAACAUCUGAUUAUGUUGUUGCCAAACUAUUGUAGACAUCAGUAACUGCUACCACAUUUUAAUUGUGGCAAUAGAAAAAAACUUAUAAGUAAACUCUCAUUUCAUCAUCUUCAUUUUUGUCUUCAGUCAAUUAAACCAGGUUUUAAAGAACUUUGCAUGUUCUCAUUGUAAUAUCAAACACUAAAAAAAGUUUUAUUUUAUUUUUGUUAAGGUGUUAGCAGUUGCUGAAGUCUAGAUUUCUAGUAUUUAGCCCUCCACAGCUUUAAAAAUCAAAUAUAUCUCAUUUGUAUAAAUUAUUUUACAUUUCAGAGAUAUAAUACAACAAAAAUUGCCAAGAGCGACAAUAAUUGUGAUUAUCUUGUUUCUCUUGCUGUCUUGCGGGCAGGUUUGGACUGAAAUAUUUUGUUGAUAAUUGACCUUCACAUCUCAGUUUUAAAGGGACCGUGCACCCCAAAUUAAAAAUACAUAUUUUUUCUCUUACCUAUAGUGAUAUUUAUCCAUCAAGAUUGUUUUGGUGUGAGUUGCUGAGUUUUGGAGAUAUCGGCCGUAGAGGUAAGAGGAAAAAUAUGUAUUUUUGAUUUUGGGGUGAACUGUCCCUUUUAAACUAGAGUUUAUAAAAUAUAGAGAUCAUGGUAAAGAAUUACACACUAUAGUCUUGGAAAGAUACUGUAAAAGUCAACAUUUUUAGUUUUAGAGGGCAGUUGCAAGUUCUGAUUACAAAACUUUUCAUGGGUUUCAUGAUGGGUUUUGUAGGAAAGAUGAAUGUGUGAAACCAUGACCUUUUUGACAGCUUAUGGAGUAGUGUCCUAGUGGACUGUUAGCAGAUAAAUUCUGUCAGUCUCUCUGAACCGCUUCAAAGAAAUAUUGUUCUAUUUUUGUUUGAUGUAAAGAGACCCUAUCAGAUUGACCAGUGUAAAUCUGAAUGGACAGUGUUGAAAUCAUUUGUAUACACAACUGCCUAAUAAACUGCUAAAUUGCACACAA